GCAAUUUGUUUUUAAUCGUUGCUUGUCAUUGACGCAAAUUCCGGCGGCAGAAUUGGUGCGGCAUAUGAUAUACACGGCAAACUGAACAGUAUUUUUUAUACAAAAACAAUAACAAGUGGUGUGCUUAUAUGCAAAAAAACGAAAAAAUAAAAUUAAUAGGAAACAAGCAAUAGAGUAACGCGAAAACGGCAAAAGUGAAAAGACGAGUUAAGAAAAAAUCAACCCGCUCGUCUUCCUGCAUGCCCACCUGCCAACCAAACACCCCCAUGCCCUUUAUGCUUCCUUAUGUUCGUUUGUCGCACCGCUGAUCACUCGGCUCUCGUCCCCAUCUAAAGUUUAGGUAGCCGGCCCGGCGACCUCUGCUGCGUAUCAUAUCGUUGGAUGGUUGUUUGUUGGUGUGGAGCCCACAAGUCAAAAAACAAACAACUGGGCGAAGGCAGGGAGCGAAAGCGUCGUUGCUGUCGCAGCUGCUGUCACUGCCGUUGCUCUGCUACCAGUGGGAAUAAACGAGAAAUUGCGUUUUAUCGCUUGUGCUGAUGAAAUGUGUUUGUUUUUCGGAUAUUUUGCAGCAUUUAAAACUUAUCAAAAAUGGAGUUUCAACAAAUUAAAUAUGAAUAUUAAAAGUUAUGAGUAACAGUUUUGAUAUUUCUAAAUUAAAAAUCAUAAAUUAAAUGUGAAAUGUACCUGCUAUUAAUGAGAAUAUAUUGAGAAAAUGUCGCGCGUCUUUACUGUAGUUUAUGUAUUUCUUGUUAUGAAAAUAACUUCGUGUUAUGAAAAUAUGGCUUAUUAACAUUAUCUGAACGUUUUGGAAAAAACAAUCAACAUAAUAAAACAAAUGCAGUACAAAUUUCGUAUGAACAAAAUAUUAUUAUCUUAUCGAAAAAUACUAGUUACCUAUUCAACUUGAAACCAUUGAAUGUUUAACAAACACUAUUGUUAAAAACAAAUUUGAACAAAUACAUUCAUUAAAAAUAUAACAACAAAAUCGAAAAAUUGACAACAAUUAACAAAGUAAUUGGCUUAUUAACUCCAACUGGAAUUGUACCUCAAUUACAGGAACAAUCGAUAAGAUUGUAACGCUAUAUCUGAUAUUGGUAAAAUAAAGGCUUCAAACUGACACCGACACCGACCAAGAUGUCCACGGAGCGUGAGCUCGCUCCGGGAGGACCAGCACAGCUCCAUACUUUACCUGUCGCUUUUUCAGAUCUCGGAACUACACUACAAUUGAAUACAGCUGUUCGAAUUAUUGGCAAAGUGUACGAAUCUCAAUGGACACCUUCGCCCCCGCGGCCUCAGAGCCCCACUCAAUCGCAGACCAGUUUCGAAAACCUCACAUCGCCACCAGCUACCGGUUCAUCAGUGAAUCCCACCGCCGUGACCAGCCCGAGUGCGCAAAAUGUGGCCGUUGGAGGCGCAACUGUGGGUGGCGCCGGUGCAGCAGGUCUGGCAACACAAGCCUCCGCAGUCGCCUCGCCAUUGGGUGCGACAGCUGCCGCUUCUCCCACCACGCAACCUGAACUGCCAGUAUUUACAUGUCCGCGCCGGCCAAACUUGGGACGUGAGGGACGACCCAUUGUUUUACGCGCCAAUCACUUUCAGGUGUCUAUGCCGCGCGGCUAUGUACAUCAUUACGAUAUCAAUAUUCAACCGGACAAGUGUCCGCGCAAAGUAAAUCGUGAAAUCAUAGAGACUAUGGUACAUGCAUACAGCAAAAUAUUCGGUGUUUUAAAGCCAGUAUUUGAUGGACGUAAUAAUUUAUAUACGCGUGAUCCGCUACCCAUAGGCAAUGAUCGCCUGGAAUUGGAAGUAACGCUGCCAGGCGAAGGGAAAGAUCGUAUUUUCCGUGUGACAAUUAAAUGGAUGGCUCAAGUAUCGCUUUUCAAUUUAGAGGAAGCUCUGGAGGGACGUACACGUCAGAUACCAUAUGAUGCAAUACUUGCAUUAGAUGUUGUAAUGCGACAUUUGCCGAGUAUGACGUACACGCCUGUUGGUCGCAGCUUCUUUAGCUCGCCAGAUGGCUAUUAUCAUCCUUUGGGUGGUGGCCGUGAGGUUUGGUUUGGUUUUCAUCAAAGUGUGCGUCCUUCACAAUGGAAAAUGAUGUUGAAUAUUGACGUUUCGGCAACGGCAUUUUAUAAGGCGCAGCCAGUAAUAGAUUUUAUGUGCGAAGUACUCGAUAUACGAGAUAUUAACGAGCAAAGAAAGCCGCUGACAGAUUCGCAGCGCGUCAAAUUUACAAAAGAAAUCAAGGGUCUUAAGAUUGAAAUUACCCAUUGUGGUGCCAUGCGUCGCAAAUAUCGUGUAUGCAAUGUUACACGUCGUCCAGCACAAAUGCAAUCGUUCCCCCUUCAGCUAGAAAAUGGUCAAACUGUUGAGUGUACUGUAGCAAAGUACUUCUUGGAUAAGUACCGCAUGAAAUUACGUUAUCCACAUUUGCCAUGUCUUCAGGUAGGACAGGAACAUAAGCAUACAUAUUUACCCUUGGAAGUUUGUAAUAUUGUCGCCGGUCAACGUUGCAUUAAAAAACUCACCGAUAUGCAAACGUCGACAAUGAUUAAAGCUACAGCACGUUCGGCUCCCGAUCGUGAGCGUGAAAUUAAUAAUUUAGUUAAGCGAGCCGACUUCAAUAACGAUUCAUAUGUUCAGGAAUUCGGCUUGACCAUUUCUAACUCUAUGAUGGAAGUACGUGGUCGUGUGCUACCACCGCCAAAACUACAAUACGGCGGGCGUGUAUCAAGUAUGACUGGACAGCAACUUUUCCCACCCCAGAAUAAGGUCAGCUUGGCUUCGCCCAAUCAGGGUGUUUGGGAUAUGCGCGGUAAACAAUUUUUCACUGGAGUGGAAAUUCGUGUUUGGGCUAUCGCUUGUUUUGCGCCACAAAGGACAGUGCGUGAAGAUGCUUUGCGAAAUUUUACUCAGCAAUUGCAGAAAAUAUCAAACGACGCUGGCAUGCCCAUAAUCGGGCAACCGUGCUUCUGCAAAUACGCAACCGGACCAGAUCAAGUGGAGCCCAUGUUUAGAUAUUUAAAGAAUUCGUUUAAUGCUUUGCAAUUGGUGGUGGUUGUGCUACCGGGAAAAACACCUGUUUACGCUGAAGUAAAACGCGUCGGUGACACAGUGUUGGGCAUGGCAACACAGUGUGUUCAGGCUAAGAAUGUUAAUAAAACAUCACCGCAAACUUUGUCAAAUCUUUGCCUCAAAAUUAAUGUUAAAUUGGGUGGCAUCAAUUCCAUAUUGGUACCCUCGAUUCGUCCGAAGGUUUUCAAUGAACCAGUCAUCUUCCUAGGCGCAGACGUCACCCAUCCUCCAGCCGGUGAUAAUAAGAAACCUUCAAUUGCCGCAGUUGUUGGCUCUAUGGAUGCUCAUCCAUCACGCUAUGCCGCUACAGUACGUGUGCAACAACAUCGUCAGGAGAUUAUACAAGAACUCAGCAGCAUGGUGCGCGAAUUAUUGAUCAUGUUUUACAAAUCUACUGGCGGUUAUAAGCCUCAUCGUAUCAUAUUAUAUCGUGACGGUGUUUCGGAGGGUCAAUUCCCGCAUGUAUUGCAACAUGAGUUAACCGCUAUACGCGAAGCGUGCAUUAAACUGGAAGCCGAUUAUCGCCCUGGUAUUACAUUUAUUGUGGUGCAAAAGCGACAUCAUACACGUCUCUUCUGCGCAGAGAAGAAAGAGCAGAGCGGCAAAUCUGGCAACAUACCGGCUGGCACAACAGUGGAUGUUGGUAUUACACACCCGACCGAAUUCGACUUCUAUCUUUGUAGUCAUCAAGGCAUACAGGGCACAAGCCGACCUUCGCAUUAUCACGUAUUAUGGGAUGACAAUCAUUUUGAUUCCGAUGAACUCCAAUGUUUGACAUAUCAACUGUGUCACACUUAUGUAAGGUGUACACGCUCCGUGUCGAUACCAGCACCCGCCUAUUAUGCUCAUUUAGUAGCUUUCAGAGCUAGAUACCAUCUAGUUGAGAAGGAACAUGAUUCCGGCGAAGGAUCUCAUCAAAGCGGUUGCUCAGAAGACCGUACACCAGGCGCAAUGGCACGUGCUAUAACGGUGCAUGCCGACACGAAAAAGGUCAUGUACUUUGCUUAAAGCAAUUUUGAAAAUUGGUUUUUUUUUUGUCUGAAUUGAAAAACAAUUCAAUAACAACUACAAAAUAGAAAGGAAAUGCGCAAUGUUGUAGAAAAUAGUAGUAAGACAAACAACAACAACAACACAGAUCGAUGCAUCAUUUUACUAGAGAUAAGUAUACAAAAUUUUAUAUUAAUAACAAACUGCAACUGCAGAAGAACAAUAAGUUAAAAUGAACUUAACUGGGACUUUUUAACGAACAAUACAAUCCAUGUCUAAGCUAAAAAGUUGAUAGUAUAGAAUGAAAUAUGUUUUUAGCGAGAUUCUGUUUCUUCCAACGCUGUUAUAUUUUGAAAACGCUAUAAUAAUUCCAAUUUUGCUUUUGUUUUAAAUCAUGAAGUAUAUGCGAAGAAGUAAAUAAUUUUGUAUGUAAGUAGAAAAGUGUUUCAAGAUUACGUCGCAACUAUGCGAAAUUUGUAUAUUUAUGAAACUUUAUAUAUAUAUACUUUAUUUCCACAUUGCGUUCCGAAAUAUAAGUCCAACAAUAAUGUUUAUUAAUUUAUGUCAUGUUACAAUAUGCUACACAAAUAUGAAUCGAUUGUGUCUAUAUGAAUUCUAUUAACUAAUUAUGUUAUAAUACACUUAUAACCAGCUCUCGACAUAUAUGUAUUGUAGUUGGAAAAUUUUUAUUUUUUUUAAUAUUUGUUUAUAAUGUGCAUAUAAAUUAUUUUCAUUUUGUACACGUACAACAACCCAUAAAGUGAAUAGCUUUUAAAUUACAUGUGUUUACAUGUUUGUGACUUUCAACUAAUUACUAAUUAAACCAGUAAACAGGUUUGAAUAUACAUAAAUACAAAUCCAAAAAACAAAAAACUUCUUGAAUAGAAAAAUUGUAACUCAUGCAAAAAUGUCAAGCGAAUUACUUAAUAAAUAAGUUAAGUUAUGUAUUUUUAAUUCCAAUUUCUCUGGCUUAGAUAUUCGUAAAACUGCACAGUUAGAGGCUACUUAAAACUUUUCAGUGGGUACAAUUUAAAUUUCCAUGGCUUGUGAAAACAACAA